GGGAGGCCUGGCGUGCUGCAGCCCAUGGGGUUGCAAAGAGUCAGACACAACUUGGUGAGUGAACAAUAACAGCAGUCACCAUGUUGCCUUUAGUGGAGGAAUGUUUAUGCCCUGGGCUAAAAUCCUGGGUCAGCUGUGAGUAGUUCAGGUCUUCCCUGGUGGUUCAGACAGUAAAGAACUGCCUGCCGUGCAGGAGACCCAGGUCAGAAAGAUCCCCUGGAGGAGGAAAUGGCAACCCACUCCAGUAUUCUUGCCUGGGAAAUCCCAUGGACAGAGGAGCCUGGUGGGCUGCAGUCUGCGGGGUAGCAGAGUUGGACCCAACGGAGCAUGCACAGAGUCCUUUCAUGUGAGGCGAGGCAAUGAGCAGCUCCAAGGGCCAAAGCCCAUCUGCACCAUCACAGCGUCCGGGUGAGGACAGCUACGGUGCGGUGUGGCCCGCAGAGGAGCAGCGAUGAGCAGGCAGAGCUGUUAUGACUACUCUCUGUGCGGAGAGUGAAAGGCCUGGGUCUGCUCUGCGUCUUGAAGGCUUGAGAGCUGCAGCUGCAGGAACCGUAGACCCUGCGUGGGGACGUCUACACGCACAGUCAGCAGUGUGACCCGCAGAGGAGCGCUUUCACUGGAAAAGCUCUCGUGCGAUAACUGUGUGACAAUAUGGGAUAGAGUCAGAUAUUGCUGACAUUUCAGGAGUCCUGCAGCUGUGGCUGAGGGCCCAGUGGGCAGGGCGGGCUGGGAUGCCGUCUGGCUUCCAGCCAUAGUUGGCCCAGCUUGGGGUCGGAACCCCCCCCGCCCCCCGCCCCAGUGACAAGGCCUGCAGCAUCAGAACACAGGCGGGUUGGGUGCAGGCGGUGCGGGUCCCAGCGUGUGGAGAGAUGGGGCGGCAGGGCUGAGCCAGGUCUCAGGAGCAGGCUGAGAGCCACUCCUAGGGAGGGCCAUGGGUGUGACCGACGGGUGGAGGGGGACCCAGUCACCUUGUCAGCACAGCCAGGAUCCCUGGCCCCUGACCUGUGUCCAGUCACACCCACAUGGGGGCCAUAAAGCCUGAAGCGGCAAGAGCGGGAGGAGCGGGAUCAGGCCUCUGGACACCCAGGCUGCCGGCUGCCUGGGUCUGAAACCGUAGGCCCCCAGAGCACCCUCUGCACCAGGAAGGCGGCCUGACAUGAGAAGGCUCCUGCUGCUCGCCAGCCUGAUGGCUGUGUUGCUGCUGGAGGCAGGCUCAGCCCGGACCCUCCAGGUCCACGUCCAGACCAAAGGCAAAGUCGGCGCUGAGCAGGACACACAGGAGGUCUGGGACGCCCGCGCGGUUGAGUCUCCAAAGGAUGACCAGCUCAUCUGGCUGCUCAUGGCACCCAAGCUCAUGGCCCCCAGCGAGGAGCAGAAAGGUGGGGGCAGGCACUGCCCGCUGGGCUGGGGGCCAUGGGGUCGGCUUGGAUGGAAGGAUGGCGCCUCGGGAGGGAGAUGGAGGCCACAGCCGCUCUGUCUGUCCCCAGGUGCCAAAGCCCUGGCAGAGACCGAUGACGCCCUGGGCUGCGUCCUGGGCCCGAGGGAGGGUCCUGAGCCCGACCAGGACAGCCUGUUCCAUGCUGGGCCUGAGGAGGCCCUGGAGGAGGUGAGGCCCUGGGCCCGGGUGCUGCCCUCUCUCCAGGUGCUUCACGGGCCUGAGGAGGACCGAGACCACAUCUACCACCCCAGGGAGCCCUGAGCGCCCUGGCCGGAGAGAAAUAAAGCCUGCAGAGGUGGC